AUGCCUUCGUGGUAUGAGAAUAUGUUUUAUUGGUGCAUGAAUGCGAGAUCCCCUCCCGAGACGAGUGAUGAUGAGGAGGAGGAAUUAGGAGUUGGAAAUGCUCUUGCUUGGAGUAAAGACCUUGAGAAGCAUUAUUGUGGUGAACUGUCCUAUGCUGUGUGUCAGGCCAACCAAUUUAUUGAGGAUUAUAGUCAUGUUGAGAUUGGCAAAAAUGUCAUUCUUGUUGGGAUUUAUGAUGGCCAUGGUGGUCCUCAAACUGCCAACUUUAUCAGAGAUCACUUAAUUGACAAUCUAUUAGCAAUUUAUGGAAGUUUUAUGUGGAACUUGGUUACAGUUAGUAUUGAGGAUAAAAGAACUAUCGAUGAAGCAACUAUGAGGGAAACUAUUUCUGCUGUAGAGGAUGAGUUUCUGAGUUAUGUUAGAGUGAAUUAUAAUGUAUCGCCGCAGAUUCUAAAAGUUGGUUCCUGUUGUCUGGUUGGUGUUAUCUGGAAUGGGGUUCUACAAAUCGCCAAUCUUGGAGACUCCCGUGCCAUAGUUGGUUCUGUUAGUAGAUGUAACAAGCUCUCUGUUGAACAGUUGACUGUAGAUCACAAUGUUAAUAGGGACGAGAUUAGACAAGAAGUUAGGGAUUUGCAUCCAAACGAUCCUGAUAUUGUAUCUGUAAGUCGUGGAGCAUGGCGUAUUGAAGGCGUCAUCCAGGUAUCCAGAAGCAUAGGAGAUGUAUAUUUGAAGAAUCCAGUGGUCCCUGAAGAUCCAUUAUUCCCUAAGCCCCGCUUUGGUAAAGCUGUGGUGAGUGCAGAGCCAGCUCUACUGUCAAGAGUUUUGCAUCGCCAUGACAAAUUUCUUAUAUUUGCAUCGGAUGGACUUUGGCAGUACUUGUCAAAUGAGCAAGCAGCUGAAAUUGUUCAUUUAAGUCCACGAGAUGGGGUUGCAAAAAAACUUGUUAGGGCUGCUUUAAAGGCGGCAGCUAAAGCAAUGAAAGUUACAUAUCAAGCUCUUCUGAACGCUGAUUUAGCGGGCAGACGGGUUUAUCAUGACGACAUUACUGUGAUUGUUGUCUUCUUAGACCAUCGGUUUGUUCACAGGAGAGAUACUGAUAUGACAGAGUUGUCCAUAAAAGGUAUACUUUCUGUUUCUGAAUCUCAUUUGCUGGUCAUAACUAAUGCUGAUAUUGGAUUAGAAGGCCAUGUUAAAGUCAAAGUUAUAAAUCUAAGAAUGGUUGGGAUAAGGGCCAAGAUAGGAAGAAGUAACGAGGCUCCGUUUGAGAGGGAGAUAAUGGCCAUGGAGAGACAGACUCAACAAUUCAAUGGGCAGGCCAAGACAUAG